UCUACACUGCAUUCCCGAGGUGGUGGUGUAGAAGCUGCAGCAGAAGUGAGGAAGUAUGAAACCCCGCAGCUACAGUCGUUAGCAGUUCAUAUCACUUCUUGAUCCUGGUGUCACCUUUUCUAGAAGAUACAGGAUCAUGAGACAAAGAUGCCUGGAGAUAACUUGAUCACCUCAGAGAAUGACACUGACAUUGAACUGGAUUUUGCAGGUGAGGAAGAUUUUCGAGACAAUAAUGAGAGGAAAAGACACAGAGGAAAGAUAAGAAAUACUGACAAAGAGAAAAAGAAGACGGACAAUGGGAGAAAAAAAAGAUCAUCUAAAUCAGAACAAGGAAUAAGAGAAGAAUCACAAUCCAAGACGGAGAGAGGAGAGAGGGGUAGGAAACGAAGAGGACAGGCUGAAUAUGAAGUAAAAGGACAUGAGCGGCAUGAAGGAGACCUGGAUCAGACCAGGGCCAAGACAACAAAAUCAAAGAAGGAUAUCAAAAAUGAGAAAGCAAGAAAUAUAGAGGAUGAGGAAGAUGGAGAAGGUCAGGAAAGAAAUGAAAAGGGCAAAAAGAAACUUGAAUGUGCCAAAAACGAGGAGAAAAUAGAAAACGGAGGGAAACCUAAGGAAAAAGAGAAAACACACAAAGUAAAGAAGAAGAAAAAAACCAAGAAAGUUGUUGAAAUAAGUUCAGAACCGGAGAUGAGUGAAGAAGAUGAUAAUGAAGAAGAAGAAGCCAAUAAUGAUGGAGAGGUGAGGCCUGAGUUACUGUCACCAGAGGAGUUGGAGAAACUGAAGGAGGCAAUGGACGAGAAGAAGAAGCUGAUCCAAAGUCUGAGGGGGAAACCCUGGCCAAUGAAACAGAAACUUGUCACUUUACGAGAUUCUCAGCGGUUUUUGGAGAAAUAUGAAGGAGCUUUGGGGAAAGGGAAAGGCAGGAAGCUCUACGCAUUCAAGGUCAUGAUGACAAAGAAGUGGAUGAAGUUUCAAAGAGACUUUGGGAACUUCAAAACUGCCUGCAUUCCAUGGGAGAUGAAAAUUAAAGAGAUUGAAAGUCAUUUUGGCUCUUCAGUUGCCUCAUACUUCAUCUUCCUAAGGUGGAUGUAUGGCAUCAACAUGAUCUUAUUUGGUCUGACCUUUGGCCUGGUUAUGGUACCAGAGGCAUUAAUGGGGAAGCCCUAUGGCAGCCUCCCGAGAAAGACUGUUCCUAGAGCUGAGGAAGCCAGUGCCAUGGACUUUGCUGUCCUUUGGGACUUUGGGGGUUACGCUCAGUAUUCAGUCCUCUUCUAUGGUUACUAUAACAACCAGCGUGCUAUUGGCUGGUUCAAGUUUCGUAUGCCGCUGUCGUACUUCCUAGUCGGUGUAGGUACAGUGGCCUACAGCUAUAUGGUUGUCAUAAGGACGAUGGCGCGUAAUGCAAACGAGUCAGGGAUCGGAGAUGAUAACAGCUUCAACUUCUGCUGGAAGAUAUUCACCAGCUGGGAUUACCUGAUAGGAAACCCUGAGACAGCAGACAACAAGUUUGCCUCCAUCACCACCAGUUUUAAGGAAGCAAUCUUGGAGGAGCAAGAGAGCCGAAAGGAUGACAACAUCCACCUGACUCGUUUCCUGCGAGUGCUGGCCAAUUUCCUGGUGUUGUGCUGCUUAGCAGGUAGCGGAUACCUCAUUUACUUUGUGGUGCGUCGCUCUCAGAAGUUUGCCCUGGAUGGUCUGGAGAAUCACACAUGGUGGGAAAGAAAUGAGGUGAAUAUGGUCAUGUCAUUACUGGGAAUGUUCUGCCCCAUGCUGUUUGACGUCAUCAGCACCCUAGAGAACUACCACCCCCGCGUUGCCCUGCAGUGGCAGCUGGGCCGCAUCUUUGCCCUUUUCCUAGGAAACCUCUACACCUUCAUCAUCGCACUCAUGGAUGCGAUCAACCUUAAAAGGAAAGAGGAAAACGUAGUCAAGUAUAACAUUACCAUGUGGGAAGCAAGUCUUUAUAACGGCACAGGAUCAGAAAACAGCACUGCUCUACCCAUCACCAUCCACCCUGCGGAUGUGCCAAGAGGGCCCUGUUGGGAGACGAUGGUGGGGCAGGAGUUUGUCCGACUCAUUAUAUCUGACACAAUGACGACUUACAUUACACUGCUGAUUGGGGACUUUCUAAGAGCCGUGCUUGUUCGUUUUCUUAAUCACUGCUGGUGUUGGGACCUGGAAGCUGGAUUUCCUUCCUACUCUGAGUUUGAUGUCAGUGGAAAUGUCUUGGGGCUAAUCUUCAACCAAGGAAUGAUAUGGAUGGGAGCUUUCUAUGCUCCCUGCCUCCCGGCUCUAAACCUCCUGCGGCUCCAUGUGUCAAUGUACUUGCAGUGCUGGGCGGUGAUGUGCUGUAAUGUUCCACAGGAAAGGGUCUUCAAAGCCUCAGGCUCCAACAACUUCUACAUGGCCAUGUUGCUGGUCAUUCUCUUCCUGUCCACUUUGCCGGCCAUUUACACCAUUGUAACCAUCCCCCCUUCAUUUGACUGCGGACCCUUCAGUGGCAAGAACAGGAUGUUUGAUGUGAUCCAAGAGACGUUGGAGUCUGACUUCCCAGCCUGGUUUAGUAAAGUGUUCAGCUAUGCCUCUAACCCUGGGCUGGUCUUACCCUUUAUAUUGCUUAUGGUAUUGGCCAUUUAUUACUUGCAGUCAACAUCCAAAAGCUACAAACAAGCAAACAUAGAACUGAAGAAAAAACUACAGAUGCAAAACGAAGAAAACAAGAAAAAAAAAAAACAAGCUGCACUGAAGGCACAAAUGGAUCUGGAGGAGGCCAGAAAAUCAGCAUCUCAGGAGCAUCAAACGGACAACAAUGCUUCAACUCAGAGACAAGAAGAUGAUGAAAGAAUCCACGACAGAUGUCCAAGGAUCCAUCAUGGACGCAACUUUACUCCUUCCGCUGGUGACAGAGAACCACUCCUCCCAGUUAGAGCUUCUGGUUCCAGAACUUACCAUAAUGUCAAUCAUGGGAACCCAAGAUACCUACCUGGUUUCUAUCAGCAAAGUGAGCCCAGAAUGCACAGGGAGCCAAGCCUGCAGAGACACUGAGAGAACAAAGACCCAACUCACAGACGUGCACUUUACUGAGAGCUUCAGGUUCAGCUGAGAACUGGAAAAAAGGAAAACACUUAAAUGAAGACAGUUUCUGUUCUACACAACAUAAUAAUAUAAAGUUUUUCUUUGGAAGUUGUUGAAUUAGAUAUCAGUUAACAAUAGAUUAUUUUCUUUAAACAUUUCUUUAUAGUUCUUGUACAGUCUCUUUAACAUUACAUUGUAUGUUUACAUGCGCAGAAACCUAAGCAUUAAAUAAAAAAAUGUAAUAGCGGAAAAGUGUCUAACCAUAGCCUAGCUUUUAUUAAUCUUCUGCUUGAA